AACACACCUAAUGCCACUUGACUGCUCGAGUGCCACGUCAAUAUGACGGAACUGGAGGAGGAUCCCGGGCGAAGGCGGGGCUCACUUCAUAGAAGAUGUAGCUGUGUUUUACUACUAAAGCGAGAGGGAAAUACUCAUUGAUCAGAAGCUGCUCGGAAGAUCUGACAGAGUGACCAUGGACACCAAAAAACUGGCUGAGAGACUCGCUGAAGCUGGGCAGUCUCACAUCCUACAGUUUUGGGACCAGCUGAGCCCAGAGGAACAAGCCGAGAUGAGUCUCGAUCUGAAGAACAUGAACUUUAUAGAGAUCAAUAACUUUUUCAAAAAUGCUAUGAAGAUCUCUGGUCAAAGCUCUCAGGAGAAGGUGGACAGUAGGAUGGAGCCAGUUCCCCGAGAGGUUUUGGGCAGUGUGACACGGGACAGUGGAUGUCUCAAAGAAUGGGAAAAAGAGGGACUGCGCUGUAUAUCUGAGAACAAAGUGGCAGUUCUUCUGCUGGCUGGGGGUCAGGGCACACGGUUGGGAGUACCAUAUCCGAAAGGCAUGUACGACGUUGGCCUCCCCUCCCACAAAACCCUCUUUCAGAUCCAGGCCGAACGCAUCCGUAGACUAGAACAGCUUGCUGAGAAACUACACGCUAAGAAAUGCUGCAUUCCAUGGUACAUCAUGACAAGUGGCAGGACAAUGGACAUGACCAAAGAGUUUUUCUUACAGCACAAAUACUUUGGACUGAAGAAAGAAAAUGUGUUAUUCUUUCAGCAAGGCAUGCUUCCUGCUAUGGACUUCAAUGGGAAAAUUAUUCUAGAGGGCAAAGGCAAACUAUCCAUGGCACCAGAUGGAAAUGGUGGCCUGUACAGAGCUCUGGGAACACAAAAGAUUGUAGAUGACAUGAAGAAGAGAGGAAUAUCUUGCAUCCAUGUUUACUGCGUGGACAACAUCCUUGUGAAAGUUGCUGACCCUGCUUUCAUUGGUUUCUGUUCACUUAAAGGAGCAGACUGUGGUGCAAAGGUUGUAGAAAAGACUAAUCCAACCGAGGCAGUGGGUGUGGUCUGUAAAGUAGAUGGGCGAUAUCAAGUGGUGGAGUACAGCGAGAUCACCUUGGCCACAGCGGAGAAGCGCAGCCUCGAUGGUCGGCUCAUGUUCAACGCCGGCAACAUAGCCAAUCACUUCUUCACCCUCGAAUUCCUCAGCGAGAUCGUGAGGACUUACGAGCCGCAGCUGCAACACCAUGUGGCACAGAAGAAGAUUCCCUAUGUGAACACGCAAGGACAGCUAAUCAAACCUGACAAACCCAACGGAAUUAAGAUGGAAAAAUUUGUCUUCGACAUAUUCCAGUUUGCCAAAAAGUUUGUGGUAUAUGAAGUUCUGAGAGAAGAUGAGUUUUCUCCUUUGAAGAAUGCAGAUAGUCAAGAUGGAAAGGACAACCCCACUACCGCUCGCCAUUCCCUCAUGUCCCUGCAUCACCGUUGGAUCUUAAAUGCUGGAGGGAAUUUCGUUGACGAGAAUGGAACUCAUAUACCUGCUAUACCCAGAGAUGGACCAGCAGGGACGGUCACUCCUGAAGUCAGCCACCUUAAGGAUGGAACAGACCUGCCAAUCAAAUGUGAGAUCUGUCCUCUUGUAUCUUAUGGUGGUGAGGGGUUGGAACAUCUUGUGAGCGGACGAGCGUUCCAGCCCAAUUUGAUGAUCGAUGAGAGCGGCGUCCAUGAGCUCGUGAAGAAUGGCCUGUAAAGCCAGAGCUGUCUGCUGCACUUCUCCUCUCUAUAUAUUAUUUUAUCAUCUUUAUAUUACUUCCUGUCAAGGUGGAGGAAACUGUGAAAUUCUUGUGCAAUAAAAAUGAAGGAAGGGGCCACACGGCAGUCAUAAUCAAACGUUAUAUGAUCAAACUAUUUAUUUUGUGAAGACUUAUUUUUAUAUCAGUGCUCAUUUUGUUCUAGAACUGGAACAUGUUUAGCCCUUUAAUUUAUAAAUACAACACAGACUUACAUGAUGCACGAUGGUAUGUUUUUUUUUUUUUUUUGAAUGGACACGUCUAAGAUUUUAGGUAUUUUUGUUUAAUUUUAUACACUUAAUGCAUAUAUAAAAAACAUAAAUCAAUGUAAAAACGAUGGUACUAAGGAUUUGUCUCUAUGCAUGUCUUAACAAUGACAGAAAUGUUUUUUUUUCCAUAAAGUGAGAUUGAAUCAGAUUUUCUAGCACAUUUUUUGCUAUAACUGUCUCAUUUUUGUCUUAAACUUUUUGCAUUUAUUGUGUCCUGUGUCUGAUUAGCCAUUCUCCGGUCUAUGUAUUUGUGCACAUCCCUUAAAAAAUCAUUCAUUCAUUUUGUUUAUUAAGUGA